AUGGCUGACUUCCCAGAAACCACGUCCAAGUUAAGUGCGCCCUCGAAGAAGUCACAGUUUGAACGGCAGAAAGCAGAAGCAGAGGCGAAGAAGGCCAGGGAGAAGGCUGAGACUGCAGCUGUGCUUGCAGAGUUUGAAAAGAGCUUUGACGAUGAGGAUGAGCCGUCUGUCUUCCAGAGCGCGUCUCGAGGACCUCCUGCGCCAGGAAAGAGGCACUUCUCUGGCAUUGGUUUGAAGAGUGGUCCUGGUACACUCGGCAAGGCCGGACCUGGUUCACUGGGGCCAACAUACAACAAAAAACGUCCUUUCGAUGAUCAUGCGGAACGACGGGACAGAGGAGGAUAUCGUCCAGAGCGCAGAGACAGUCGGAACCAUGAAGAGCAGGAAGAAGAGAAGGCUGCUAAACCUACACUACACUUGUCUUCUAUGCCACCAACCAUUUCUGCUGCCUUCAUCAAAGGACUCUUCGCCCACACCCCGUUGAACGUGGAGAAUGUCCGUAUCCUACCUGCUGUUGCGCCCUCCGGUCCUGCUAUGGAACGGAAAUCGUGCUCAGCAAUAGUCACCCUAGCCACUGAGACAGCUGCCACAGAUAUAGAUACCGCUGUCUCUCAUCUGCAAAACAAGUAUCUAGGAUUUGGCUUCAAGUUGUCCAUAUCCAGGCACUUAUCGUCCGCCGCUCUGGGCAAUACUGCUAUUUCCUCUACCAACGUCAACGCACUGCCGUUCGGAGCCCGACCCAUCCCUCAGCACACCUCCCUGUCUCGAGCCCCUCCGCCGAAUCAACGUUUCGCUCCCCCACAAUUCUACACAUCGUCUGUUCCUUACACUAGAGGCCCUCCCACACAGGUCACCGUUCAGUCGCCGUCGAACUUGAAGCAACUGAAGCUGAUUCACAAAACUCUUGAGGCCCUUCUCACUUACGGACCGGAAUUUGAAGCCCUCUUAAUGUCAAGAUCGGAGAUUCAAAGAGACGAGAGGUGGGCAUGGCUCUGGGACUCCAGCUCUGUGGGUGGAGUCUACUACAGAUGGCGACUGUGGGAGAUACUCACCAACGCCACGAAAAGACGCCACAACCGUAGUCAAGGACAGGAGACUUUAUUUGAGGGACAGUCAGUAUGGCAGCCUCCCGAAGAGUCGUUGAGAUUCGAAUACGCUACUCAGCUGGAGGAAUUUGUCAGCGAUGAGGACUAUAAUUCUUCUGACGAAGAGGACAACGACGAUGGCGCAGGUGGCAGUUUGGUAAGGCGUUAUAACGACCAUAAUGUCCCUGCCCUCAAUGCAGAAGAAGUGAACGAUGGUGUAGGCUAUCUGGAUCCCUUAGCCAAAGCAAAGCUCGUCCAUCUUUUGUCGCGCCUGCCCAGCACAAACACAAAGCUUCGACGAGGCGACGUUGCACGCAUUACCGCCUUUGCUAUUGAGCAUGCAGGUGCUGGUGGGGAGGAAGUUGCUGUCCUCAUCACCCGAAAUAUACUCCGACCCUUCUCCAAGCCUGAAGGUGAAGACACUACAUCUGCAAGUAUGGUUGGCCUGUACGUCGUCUCGGACAUACUUUCGAGCUCUGCAAACGCUGGUGUCCGUCAUGCCUGGCGAUAUCGCACUCUAUUCGAGCACGCUCUGCGACAACAGAAGGUCUUCAAUAAGCUGGGUCGUGCUGAGAAGGAUUACAAGUGGGGCAAGCUGAAAGGCGAAAAGUGGAAGAGGAGCGUGCAGAAUCUGUUGACUUUGUGGGAGGGUUGGAGCGUCUUUCCACAAGCUACUCAGGGGCAUUUCACAACUAUUUUUAACGACCCGCCAUUGACCGAGGAAGAAAAGAGAGCUGCUGAAGAAGCUGAUACACAAAAGAGCACACCAGAAGAUAAUGCUAGAGCCAAGACAACAAGCCGAUGGAGGACUGUCGAUGAAGAAGCUGGGCCCGAUGUCAAAAUGGACGAUGUCGAUGGUGUGCCUAUGCCAAACGAUGAAGAUAUGUCAGCGAGUGAUCUAGAGAACAUUGACGGUGUCCCUAUGGUUGACAGCAGCGAUGAGGAAAGCGAUCCUACUACUCAAAGGGUGUCCCAAAUACCGGAGACAGCUCAAAGUGAUCCUCCUGAUCGCGAAAUCAAGAGUGGGCCCAAGACCACCAACGAGUCUCCUACGAUCACAAUGCCGGGGCCGCGCAAACAAAGACCCAGAGCUGCAGACAUGUUUGCAGAUGAUUCCGACUAA